AUGAGAAGAGAUGAGGUUUUGCUAAGUAUUUGGACCCUAGAUUGCAAAAUUUACGUGAAGACUUCACCAGAAGGUAGGCCGAUUAAAAUAAACGACCUGGAAGAUCUAGAAAACCUAUAAAGGAAAGGAUGAUAAACUGUACGGAAAUGGGGAUGGAAACCGAACAGGAGCAUGAGGACGGAACACUCUCAAAAUCCUUAUGGUUUGUUGUGUAUAGGUAUGUGUGUGUAGAUGAUAUUAUUAUCAAUUUCACUACUGUUGUUUCUAUCCAAACUUGUCUUCGAUUUUACUUGGUUUUGCACUGAUUUUGGAACAUGUUCAUCAACCACUUUGCUUUAUUGAAAGGGCUAGGUAAACAGCAUAGUUUUUUUUACUCUUGUUAUUACACGUUUUUUUUCUCUUCCAAGUAACAAGGCCGAUCUUAUUUGCCAUCUGUUAGUUACCAAAUUUACAUCUACAAACCUCCCCUAAAUAUUUGUCCUGUAAGUUCUGAAUGUGCUAGGAAUUUAUAAUUUUAACAAACGAAGAGCAAUUUUCUCAUACUUAAAAAUUCAAAAAGCUACAAUUAUUUUUUUGCAAGAAACCUACUCAUCAACCGAAGAUGAAAAAUUGUGGUAUGUAGAAUGGGGCGCCAAAAUAAUCUAUUUGCACAGAACCACACACUCAAAAGGAGUUUGCAUUCUUUUAAAUCGCAGCUCACCUUUAAAUCGCAGCUCAUCUUUAAAUUUAAGUAGCAUUCAAGCGGAUCCCGAGGGUAGAUUCUUAAUUGCAAAACUUACAAUAGAGGAUAAAUACUUUUUCAUUACAGACAUUUGUGGUCCAAAUAACUGUCAUGACCAAGAUGACUUUAUAAAAACACUAAGCCAACAAGUUAUGUCUAAAACAGAUACAUCAAAAGUCAUCAUAUCUGUUGACUGGAACAUCACUCUUAAUCGAAUUGACAAACUCAGUGGUCUUCCGUGGAAGGCUACAAGCGGUAGAAAUACACUCAUAGAUCACAUGGAGGAACUAAACCUUACUGAUAUUUAUCGUGAACUUCAUCCAAAUUCUAAAUCCUUUACUUAUGUAUCAAAAUUGUUGAACCUGAAAUUGAGGAUCGACUAUUUCUUAUUCCACACUCGCUUUUUUGCGAUGUUAGAUAAAUUCAUGUUUCGACUGUGCUAGAAAAUAACACGACCUUUUCAAGUAUUGAUGUUAAAAGUGAAUUUAGUAGAGGUCCACGUUUAUGGAAAUUUAAUGAUACACUGUUGGAAGAUAAUAACUAUAAAGGACUGAUUGCAUUCUACUAUCCACAAAUAUUAUGA